AAUUAAUUAAAUUAAUAUGAGAAUAGAGCUUUAAAAUCUAUGGAAAUGGAAACCGAUGCAAGUAGCAGCUAAAAGAAAGAGAUAGAAGAACCAAAAAAACAAAAAACACCAUCCUCCGACAGUCACCUUACCCAAAGCAAAUGUUGAUACGACAGUCAAUGAAACAGCAAAACGCUUGGAAAUAGUUUAAAACCAGAACAAGAAGAACUACCAACUCUGAUUUCUCUAACGAUUAUUUUUGUCUUUUUUGUUGUUUUCUUUUUUUUUUUUUCCUUUUGAAUCACUUUCCAUACUCCUUUUCUGCUUUCCAAUGGCUUUUCUUCUUCGGGUUCUCUGCUAACUCCCACCAUAUUCGCAUUCAGGUAUUUGAUUCAUUGGUUUAAUCAUGGACAUGUAAUGGAAGAUCCCAAUCUUGGAUUUCAUCGCACUACUACACAGAAGAUUCAAUCAUGGAUGAUCAAGGUGGUAGCAAGUCGACCGGGAUCCGGCAGAUUGUUAGACUAAAAGAAAUCCUUCAGAAGUGGCAAACCAUGACGUUAUGUACGAUGCCGAGUACGGAUACCCCACAUUCAGAAGAAAACCAUGGAGUUUUCUGCCCACCAAUCAACCAAAGGCUCAAAAACAUUAUGUCUUUUGAUUCUGAUGAGGACAGUUGCCACGGUUCCGAACCGCCGCCCGAUGUCCCUAAGGGAUAUUUAGCAGUUUACGUCGGACCAGAGCUUCGAAGGUUUAUCAUCCCGACAAGCUACCUCAGCCAUCCUGUCUUCACUAUUCUGCUGGAGAAGGCUGAGGAGGAAUUCGGGUACGAUCACAACGGUGGACUUACCCUCCCUUGUGAGAUCGAGACCUUCAAGUAUCUCCUCAAGUGCAUAGAGAACCACCCAAACAAUCACCCAGUUGGCAGCUCAGUUUCUGAACAGCUGGAGAUUCAUUAAAUACUGGUCAUGGACUUUUGGGGUUGAAGCAAUUUCACUUUGUAAGCAAUUUUUUUUUUCUCUUUUGUUAAUUGAUGAACAAUACUAAAGUUUUAGGAAGAAAAUUGUUCAGGUGUCUAAGAGGGGGGAAUGUAACCUCUCUGUCCGUAUCGGAAUGUGACUGUUAUCUUACGUUUGGUCAGUAAUGAGAUACUUCCGUCGAUGCCGAGAUGGGUAGAUGCUUCUAUGACUUUAGCAGGCAGUAUUGUGGUUGUAUGUAUUCACUGUUUUGUCUCCAAAUGUUGGAUUCUAAAAUGAUGUUGUGGGUUUAAUUUCUGGCAAAAUUGAAUGUUUGGAACCUUUGGUGGAGGAAGCACAUGCUAUGGUAAAAUUUGGUUGCAUGAAUAAUGUUGGGGUGCAAUGCAAUGCAAGUGAUUUUUAAUAUAAAA